GUUAGAUGUGAUGACUGAGAUGAAGAUGUACGCAAAUAGAUUAAGAGUUUUCUGUACUAUUCCAAAAUAAUAAAAAUUGUGGUAGAAAAAUAGAAGACUGCUCUCCCACUCGCAUGUUUUUGAAGGUAUAAAUAUACAUCUGUUGCCUCCUACCGAUUAUUCCAUCUGCAAACAAAGUGCAGGUCAGAGCUGCUACCUCCGAAACACCGAAGAAGGUAUACGAAAAAAACGGUCCAGACGGAGCCAAAAAAAGAUGUUCCUCACCAUUAAUCCGACCGACAAACAGAGGUACGACCAGGUGGCCGUGCAGAAUUUCCAGGAAUACUUGAGGAUACCCAGUGUUCAACCAGACAUAGACUACGAUGAAUGCGUUAAGUUCAUUCAGAAGCUCGCAAAUGAUAUAGGAUUACCAUGCAAGGUAAUUUAUCCGAAACCGAAGAGACCAAUCGUAGUGGUAACUUUAGAAGGAACGGAUCCGACUUUACCAUCGAUUUUACUCAAUGGUCACAUGGAUGUGGUUCCUGUCUUCGCCGACAAAUGGACGCAAAAACCUUUCGGAGCAGAAAUUGUGGAUGGAAAGAUCUACGGUCGUGGAACUCAAGACAUGAAGAGUAUUUCCAUCCAAUACAUGGAAACUAUUAGAAGGAUUAAAGAUAGUGGAAAAAGGUUGAAGAGAACGUUGCAUUGCUCCUUCGUUCCUGAUGAGGAGAUCGGAGGUGUUCUCGGAAUGGCCGAGUUCGUGAAGACUGAAGAUUUCAAGAACAUGAAUAUAGGGUUUGCUUUGGAUGAGGGUAUUGCUAGCGUUAAUGAUAGCUACACGUUGUUUAAAGGAGAGAAGUGCAUGUGGCAUUUGAAGUUCCAUUGCCCAGGACAACCAGGACAUGGGUGCCUUUUGCAUGAGAAUACUGCUGCUGAGAAAGUUAGGGUGAUCUUGGAUAAAAUCUACGAUCAUCGAGAAGUUCAGAAGAAUAAGUUGAAGCAAAAUCCAGAUUUGACUUUAGCUGAUGUCAUCACAUUGAAUGCUACAAUAAUUAAGGGAGGAGUACAAGCCAAUGUUUUAGCUGAUGAACACACCAUCACAGUAGACGUCCGAAUGCCGUAUACAGUAGAUGCAGAUGGAUUUUGGGCCACCCUCCAAAGUUGGUGCAAAGAAGCUGGUCAAGGUGUUUGGAUAGAAAAAUUGAUCUUUGACUCGAUAACACAGCCGACAACUUUAGACUCGAGCAACAUUUAUUGGACAGCAAUCGAAACAACUAUGCACAAAUUGAACAUACGAGUAUCUCCGCUGAUCUUCCCAGGAGUCACAGACAGCCGUUACCUAAGAAGAUUAGGUAUCCCAGCUUUAGGACUGUCUUUGAUCAACAAUACCCCAAUCCUUCUCCACGACCACGAUGAGUAUAUCAGAAAGGACACCUUCCUCAGAGCCAUAGAGAUCUACACCGAUCUUAUUCCAGCUGUAGCUAACGCUUAAGUAAUUUCAU